CCGCUUCUUGGGCGUUGGCCUACCCACUGGGCGCACCCACGACACCUUUUCACACCACACUUCGCUACCGCCAGCAUGCCGCGCCGAAGGUUUAUCGAUAAGAAGGACGCGAUCAACUACCGCCUCGUGCACCGCGCCCAGAAUGACCCGCGCAUUCACGAUGAAAACGCCUCGUCCAUGGUCUUUGCCGAGAUCGAAGGCAAGAACACGCGCGACAGUUCAGAGCCCGCAGGCAGUUCGCGAGCCUCGCAAUACUCUUCCGCCUCACGAUGGACGACCGGCACGGGACGAACUGGAAGGAGCCAAAUCAAGUCGCGCAAGGACCUAGAGCCCGAAUUCGCGACUGAUGUGCGCAAGAACGAGGGCGAGGCUGCCAGCUACGGCAUCUUCUACGACGACUCCGAGUACGACUACAUGCAGCACAUGCGGGACCUCAACAGCGGAGGCGGCGAUGCCUACUUCAUCGAGGCCAAGCAGCCGAAGAAGGGCAAGCAGAAGAUGGAUUUGGCAGACGCGCUUCGUGCCGCCACGCUGGACGACAGGCAGAGCGACGCCGGGAUCAGCAUGAGCAGCAGCAUCAGUCGUGCGGCCAGCGAUGUCUUCGGCGAGGACCUUGCGCCCUCUGAGUUUGUGAGAAAGACGACAUACCAGGACCAGCAGAACAUCCCGGAUGCCAUUGCAGGUUUCCAGCCCGACAUGGACCCGCGACUGCGCGAAGUGCUGGAGGCUUUGGAGGAUGAAGCUUAUGUCGAGGAUGAGGAAGACUUCUUCUCCGAGCUGACGCAGGACCCCGCCGAGGUUGGGCAGUACGAGUGGGAAGAGCAAGACUUUGACGAUGGCGGCGACACCAUGGACCGCUUCCUCGACGAAGAGGACCCAGGCUGGGAGACUGACGACACCAUCAAGGCGUCUUCACCGAAGCCAAAGACGGAGAAGGAGGCUGUGGAACCCACCGACCCUGCAACACUGCCAGCGCCAGACGAGGCGCCAGCUCCCGCCGAGGAGGGCAGCAUGGACUACAUGGAGGCGUUCAAAAAGUUCAAGAGCGACGCCAAGUCCGGCAAAGCACCCAAAGCCGCUGCGCCCUCCGACAUGCAAUCCUCGAUCAUGACGGGCGCCUCGGCGCUCACGGCCGGCGGCCGAAAGAAGAAGCGCAAGGGAGCCCUCACGAAUCCGUCCAACUACAGCAUGUCGUCGUCGGCGCUGCACCGCACCGAGGGCCUUACGCUGCUCGACCAGCGCUUCGACAGGAUCGAGGAGGAGUACGCCGACGACGAGUUCCCCGACGACGCGUCGAUGGUGUCGGGCAUGAGCAAAAUGUCUGGCUUCAGCGCCAUGUCGGGCAUGUCCGGGCUGUCAAACAUGAGCGAGGCGCCGCAGCUGAGGUCGGACUUUGACAGCAUCAUGGACGAUUUCUUGGGGACGCACACGACGGUCGGUAAGAGGAACAACAGAAUCCGGAAGGGCAAGGUCAUGAGUGGGUUGGAACAAUUGGACGAGGUGCGCAAGGGACUGGGGCCGGCGAGGAUCAACGGGCGCCCGAGACCGUCCAACGUGACGGCGUAGAUGGGGAGAGGAUAGGGAGAUGCAUGGGGGGCGUUCUGGGACACGAAAAGCAUGCUAUACCCGGUAGACUUUGGCACGAAUUACG